AUGAGUAUAUGGGAUCAAGCAGACCUUAUCAAGGUAAAUGAGGAUGAAAUUACAUUCUUAAUAGUAGAUGAUCACCCUUAUGAUGAUAAUGUGGUGAUUGAGAAGCUUUUUUAUCCUAAUCUUAAGCUUUUGGUUGUUGUUGAUGGGUCAAUAUGUUGUAGAUAUUACACCAAGGUUUCGUUGUCAGUGGAGUCAAUAAACUCAUAUAUUGCUUGGGAUUUCUCAUUGGUGCAGGGCAAGAUGAACAUGGAUAUUGGAUUUAGUGUGGAGUACAUAAAUACCGGUGGGGAAAAAACAGUAAGUCGGAGAAAUAUAGUUCCUUUAUUGCUCGAUGUUCUGAUUUAUUUUCUUGAGUUGCAGUCUUUGGUUCUUGUCUCUCCUCAGUCAAUUUUAGCCCUCCCCCCUUUUUUUGUGUUUUUCCCCUCUUCUUCCUCAGCUCUCCCUUAG